GCGGCUCCACGGCCCCGCCCCCCGGGUCUAGUGCGCCUGCGCGAGUCCGCGGAGACCUUGGGGCAAUGCAGGGUUGGAGCCGUGUCAGCGGGGCCUUCGCCCGGAGAAGCUGUUUUAGCCGAGUCCAGCAUGGCCUUCCAGGGGUUUGCACAGUGCCGCAGAGGACCUUUGCAGAGCAAGUUGACGCAGAUGUUACAGUCAUUGGUUCUGGUCCUGGAGGCUACGUUGCUGCUAUCAAAGCAGCUCAACUUGGUUUUAAGGCUGUCUGUGUAGAGAAAAAUGAAACCCUGGGUGGAACCUGUCUGAAUGUUGGAUGCAUUCCUUCCAAGGCUUUGCUGAACAACUCGCAUCUGUAUCAUUUGGCCCACGGAAAGGAUUUUGCUAGUAGAGGAAUUGAAGUUACAGGACUCCGCUUGAAUUUAGAGAAGAUGAUGGAGCAGAAGAGUGGUGCAGUGAAGGCCUUAACAGGUGGAAUUGCCCAUUUAUUUAAACAGAAUAAGGUUGUUCAUGUAUCUGGGUUUGGAAAAAUAACUGGCAAAAACCAAGUCACAGCAACCAAAGAAGAUGGCAGCACUCAACUUAUCAAUACAAAGAACAUCCUUAUAGCCACAGGUUCAGAAGUUGCUCCCUUUCCUGGAAUUAUGAUUGAUGAAGACACUAUUGUAUCAUCUACUGGUGCGCUGUCUCUAAAGCAAGUUCCUGAAAAGAUGGUUGUCAUUGGUGCAGGAGUCAUUGGCGUAGAAUUGGGUUCCGUGUGGCAGCGUCUUGGUGCAGAAGUGACAGCUGUUGAGUUCUUGGGCCACGUUGGUGGAAUGGGGAUCGAUAUGGAGAUUUCUAAAAACUUUCAGCGUAUUCUUCAAAAACAAGGACUUAAGUUUAAACUGAAUACCAAAGUUACUGGUGCUACCAAGAAGCCAGAUGGGAAGAUAGAUGUUUUUAUUGAAGCUGCUGCUGGUGGGAAGGCAGAAACCAUCACCUGUGAUGUACUUCUAGUUUGUAUUGGUCGACGCCCCUUCACUAAGAACCUUGGUCUGGAAGAUCUUGGAGUUGAGCUUGAUAACAAGGGUAGAAUUCCAGUCAAUACUAGAUUCCAAACAAAAAUUCCAAACAUCUAUGCUAUUGGUGAUGUAGUUGCUGGACCUAUGCUGGCUCACAAAGCAGAGGAUGAAGGCAUUCUUUGUGUGGAGGGGAUGGCAGGAGGUGCUGUUCAUAUUGACUACAACUGUGUGCCCUCAGUGAUCUACACACAUCCGGAAGUUGCCUGGGUUGGCAAAUCAGAGGAACAGUUGAAAGAGGAGGGGAUAGAGUACAAAAUCGGGAAGUUUCCAUUUGCUGCUAACAGCAGAGCAAAGACGAAUGCUGAUACUGAUGGCAUGGUGAAGAUACUUAGUCAGAAAUCAACAGACCGGAUGCUGGGUGCACACAUUCUUGGUGCAGGUGCUGGAGAGAUGGUUAAUGAAGCUGCUCUUGCUAUGGAAUACGGAGCAUCAUGUGAAGAUGUGGCCAGAGUUUGCCAUGCCCACCCAACAGUAUCAGAAGCCUUCCGGGAAGCAAACCUAGCAGCCUCUUUUGGCAAAGCUAUCAACUUCUAAAAUGAGAGCUGUUGUUUGUACAGAUACAGUACAUUUCUUCUGUAAAUGAACUGCAGGCUUUUAUGCAAGGUUGGGGCUCUGAAUAUUUCUGAGACAAAAUUUAGUGAAUCUUUGUUAAAUGUCAACUAUUUAAACAAACAGUAGGGUUUGGGCAAAUGGAAUUAGCCGGUCUUUGUAAAUUAAAUACAGAAACAUCCUUGUUUGUGUAUUAUGAAUGUUGCAAAAACAAGUUUGAGAGAACUUUAAAAAAGUAAAACAGCUUUUCACUGCAGCACAACCUGACCAGAGCUCUGGGCAUCCUGCGACCCUCAUUUGCUAGCCCAGAGGAAUGUUGGCACUUAAAAUGCCUCUGUCACCUCCGCACAAAAAUGUUAUGGCGUUCCUUACUGAAAGGAUUAACUUAAUAUAUUAUAAGUACUUCUAAAAUGCAAGAAUUAAACUUUUGGUUACUUUGAACUAGUAAACUUGGGAUUGCUUGGAUGAGGUUACUGCAAGAGGACUGAAGUACCUUGUAGUUUUUGUUUCGGAAAGAAAAUCUGAUUGCGUGAGUAACUUUUAUCUCCAUGCAUCAUGUUUUCAUAUUGAAAACCUGUCGAUUUUUAAAAUGUAGUUCUGCAAACAAAAAACAAUCAAGUAGUUCCACAGGUCAAAAUUCAGUAAAGGGAAUUCACUGAGCAUUGUUGCCUCCUGAUCUCGUUUCUAAGAAUUUUCCGUCAGGGAUUUUUAGGAAACAAAAUCCUGAAGUGGCAGGUCGUCAAGCAGCAUUAGCUUCAAAUACACUGGACAGAAGUGGGAUUAGACACCUCUUGCUCCUUCCAGACAAAGUCUGCAGCAGUGCUGCUUUGCCACAAAGGAAUCAAAGAUACUUUUUUCCUUCUCUGCUGUCUCCUGCACUGUUUUGUCUCUGCUCCUUUACUGCUUGUGCCCCUUUUCUUGUAGCAAAAAAAAAGUCUGUGGCCUUCCAUGAAUAAAUAUUUGUACUUCAGGUGGAGGAUCCUGCUUAGUCUCUAUGAGGAUGUGGCUAUAGAGAAAUUGAUAUGAUACGUUCCUUCCUUGAGCUGUUAACAGAGAAACGCUGGUUGGAAUGCUGCUGAGUUUCAUGUAGCUAACUCCAUACACUCCUUACUUGUCAUGGCUCCUUUAGGCUUUGUCUGUACUAAGGAUUUCCUGAGAUUCUCUUAGCAUGUUCUAGCACAGACUCAGCCUCACCAAUGCUAGUCUGGUGCUUACCAUCAUGUCAUCUAAAGCUGCACUGAUGCUGGAGAUGUUUUGGAAGUGCUCAAGCAGUGUUCCUGAAACCAGACCUCCUGUUGUCUGCUGGGGAUAGGUAAUAGCUGACUGUGAAAGGAAGAAACUACAAAUUAAUAAGAUCAUUUUGUUUUAAGUGCUUAUCUGUGAAGAUGAUGUUUGUAGUCUGACCAGUUAAUGUACAAGAGUAAAAUGCCCAAUUCUAACAGGUCUUGCUUUAUUUGAAAGUGCUUUAUGGGUUUUAUUCCUUCAUGUACUUGGCUUAUUUGUACUGUCUUGAAUUUUCUAGAGUGACAGUUGGAGCUGCUGUUGUCCAAAUGGCAUCAUUGCUCCCAGGCAACAAUGACUGAGAAAGUUGCACCACUUCGUGCUCAUCUUUGUCAGAUUUUAUUAGUUGUAUCCUCCAGCUGUUUUUAUAUAGCUAUUGAGCAUGUAUUGAUCUGUAUGGAAUGUUAAUUAAUGGCAAUUUAUAUAAUUAGGCUAAUCAGUAUUUCUAGAAAAAGGCAAACAGGAAAAAAAUGUGUCAAUAGGACUCUCUUCUGUCCUCAUAGUUCUCAGUGUGUGCGGAGGUGGAUGGAGGCCAGUGCACUUCUGAGGCAAAUUCAGCCAGGACUUGGUUUAAAAAUCAAGUCCCUGUGGGUGUGUUUGGAAGCGCUAGCAAAGAGUCCCGGAGGGAAGCCAAGACAAGGUGUUUUAUGAGUGUGAAAGACUUCUGGGAGGCUUAGAACAGAAGGAAAGCCUGUGCCUAGGACAAGUCACCUCUUCCUGUUGGCUAAAUGCUGUGGGAUGUUCAUGUGGCACUAUAUAAGCUCUAUAUAAGUACCCUCUGUAGAAGGCCUGCUGUCUGCUUUCUAAAGUGAUCAAAAAUGGGAAUGUUCAAAUUCUUGCAAAAAUUCUUCCUUUUUGUCAGUUUUUGAUACUUUCCAUAGCUGAUUGAACAAACCUUAUGCUCUUUCUGACAGAAAUAAAACUUACAAAUUUUGACUAGACUUAUUGCUCUGAAUAUGUUUGGAGGAUUGAUCUUUCCAAACCCUCUUAAAAUUAAAUAAAAUGCAAGGCCUUGAA